AUGGCUGGAGUAAAUAACACAGAAUCAACUGCACUCCUUGCUUCGCAAAAAUCUGAGCAUUUGCCAGGUUCUCGGGAGUCCAUCAAUGGCAUCCAACUGAAUGUUAAAGAACUUGCAAGAAGUUUUGGCUUUUGGCAUGCAUUUGCCUACGUGGUAGGAAUCUUGUUUGGCUCUGGUAUGUACAUCUCGCCAAGUCUUGUAGCAAGAGAAACUAACAAUAUGGCUAUAGCGUUGGUAGUUUGGAUAGUCUCUGGAAUAAUACCCAUCUUGGGUGCAAUGUGCUUUUGCGAACUGGCUUGUGCAAUUGGCAAAGCAGGAGGUGAAUACAUUUUUAACAAAGAAGCCUCCGGAGAUAUUGCUGCAUUUGUGACUUUGUGGGCGAAGGUUUUUAUGGUUUUUCCCGCUGGCAUUGCUGUUGUGGGAAUGGCAAUCAGUGAGUACAUUUUAAGCCCGUUUAUUGACAUAACUGCCUCCAAUGGAGUUUGGAUAGCAAAAGCUGUUGCUGUGCUUUUCAUCGUGAUGUCUGCUAUCAUAAAUUCUUUGAGCGCCUCGUUUGUUGGCAAAACCCAAGUCUUUUUCGCGGCUAUUCAGUCACUAUCAGUGCUGUUUUUCGUUUCUCUAGGAAUAUGGAAAGCUUCUGCAGGACACACUCAAAAUUAUGUUUCUAUUUUUGACAAUUCCAGCAAAUUUGAACUCGGUAGUUUUGGUAUAGCCAUUUACAAUGGACUUUGGGCAUAUGAUGGAUGGGGCCUUAUUUGCACAAUAACAGAGGAAUUGAAAAACCCAAAAAGGGACCUCCGACUAGCAAUUCUUUUCGGAGUCGGAUUUGUUAUUCUAUGUUACCUUUUGGUUAACUUAGCGUUGUUGGCGGUUUUAACCCACGGAGAAAUUGCAAGUUCAUUGUCAGUGUUUACGCUGUUUGUGACAAAGAUUCUUGGAGAAAAUGUUGCAUUGGUUGUGCCCUUUGCUGCUGCUUUUUCCUGUUUCAGCGGACUAAAUGGAAUAACUUUCAUAUACUCUCGACUUGUUCUCUCUGGCUCUCGCGAAGGACAUUUGCCUGAACCAUUGUCGUUCAUUCAUAUGGACAGAAGAACGCCCAUACCAGCUGUCUUAUUUCUAUCUUUACUGUCAAUGAUUUGGAUUCUCGUUCUUGGAGCAGGAACACAAAAUCUUGUUAUUUACUUCUCAUUUGCACUUUGCUUUUCAUAUGGCUUAGCGAUAUUCGGUGUCAUUAUUCUACGGGUGCGCCAACCAGAUCUACCGAGACCCUUCAAGCAAGACUACCGUAAAGAAUUGUCAAAUAGAUGCUACAAGUGUUUAGUUGAAGUAAUCAGCAACGUAAAUUCUAGUUUAGGUUCAAACUUUGAUCCGUUGUAG